AGGCAGAGGGCAAGCGCCUGGGUCUGGUGGGCUGGGUGCAGAACACGGACACAGGAACAGUAAAGGGCCAGCUACAGGGCCCCAGCAGCUGUGUGCAGGAGAUGCAGCUCUGGUUACAGACAAAAGGGAGUCCCAAGUCGCGCAUAACAAAAGCACAAUUCCAAAAUGAAAGGCAGAUUGUGAGCCUGGAAUACGCCAGCUUCAGUGUCCGCAAAUGAGGCCAGUUCAUAAAGGGUUAACUGCAGUUCACGUGUUCCUGGGAACUCUGAAAAUACUUUUUUUUUUAGAACAUUGUUGAUGUAAAACAUCAGAACCCUGCUGUACCAUAUCCUGUGUGAGAUCCGCUUUAUCCCGUGUUAUGUUGUAUAAGCGCUAACGAUAAAACAUCAGAACCCUUUAACCAUAUAAACAGCUGCUGUACCAUA